GCCUUUUGCACCCACCAAGACAAAGAGCAAAGCCGAUUGUGGUCAUUCGUCAUCCCCCGACUUUUACCCAUCCGCCCCAUGGGUCCGUGAUAUGCUCAGGAGCAGUGAGCGUCGAAUGCGAUUCUGCGCCUUCGGAGAUAAUGCGUCUCUGUCGCCCCAUAGGGGUUGCCAUCAGAGUAGGCAGCAAAGAUGCCAUGCUGCUCUUAUUAGCAAAGCAGCCAGGACCAGCGUUCCGGCGGAAUCAGAGCCGUACUCCCCGCUGGGACCUGCGCAGGCGCCGGAGGUCGGUUUCUUACCAGCGCCGACUGCGACGCGGCAGAGGCAGCCCGUGCGGCGUCAUGACAUAAAAGGCCGAAGCAGGACUAGCAGUACUCCUACUCCGGGCUCGCACUCUUGCAGAUAAAGGUCGCUGUUUUGUGCGCCUGUCCGCCUGUCAAGACCUUUUCCUCCACUCAGUUCGCGAGGACUGGUGGUCGCGUACGCACUGCACUUCGGGCAACCGCUUCGAAUCGAUUGAGAUGACCACGUCGGCCCUGCGACCGAGCCAGUGGGUCGGAGAUGUUGCAGCUCCUGACUGACAGCCAGUCCAGUAGUGCCAACGUCGGCUGAGGCAACGGUUGCAUUCACUCGGGAAGGAAAGGAAGACAGAAGGCCCUACGACGGACAGAUAGCAGCGGUCCAGAGCGCCCUGAAAUCAUGAAUUUCAUUGGCGCUGUAGGAGGUGAUGGAGGCGAUGAUGGCGACGACAAGGAAAAGGCAGAGGAGGAGGAAAGGGAGCGUCAGGAGGCCAUCAAGGAGGCCGAGGACCGGCGCAAGGAAAAGCACCGAAAAAUGGAGGAGGAGCGCGAGAAGAUGAGGCAAGACAUUCGCGAUAAGUACAACAUCAAGAAGAAGGAGGAGAUCGUGGAGGCGACCCCCCAAGAAGAGCCCAAUCCCCUGAUGCGGAAAAAGAAGACGCCUGAGGAACUUGCCGCCGAAGCGGAGCAGGAAGAGCUCGAUGAUUUUACAAGUAAGUUGUUUCUGCCGCUGUCGAAUGCCCUAGAAUCUAGCUUAGCUAGUGGCAUCUAUAUACUGCAAUUCCAACCCACCAAUUGCGCCGGUCCGAUUGCUCCCGCUCCUAUUCUGUAACUGUUUCAGAUUUUGAGUUGUCGCAAUUUUUGUUUUCUUACCACUUUGUAAAACGGCUUACGCGGCCCUCAGCAGGUUCAGACAAUAACUAUACAAGUUGGUUUACAACUAAAACCAGAAACAAAAACCGUUUAAUAUCAGCUAAAUAUUCAACAACGCUCGAAAGUAGUAAUUGUGGAUAUGUUUGUGCAUCUGUGUGUCUCUCGUAUCUAAAUGCAAUCGAACAACCCAAUAAAACUCUAUGAAUAACUGCCCACUAAUUAAACUAUCUAUCUCUCUCUAUAUAUAUGUAUGUACUCUUUUCCAUGUGCGUAUAACAUCUAAGCUACAAAUGCAAACUCUAACUCUAACUGCAACCCUAUCUGUCUAAGAUCUAAUCUUCAACCGUAAUGCAACGACGAAUAUAAACAUUUUCCAUUAUACUUUUAUAUAACAAGAGUGCACACCAUUCACAUAUAACAUUUUAUUCAGUUUUCAAACUUAUGUUAUGUAUAUACAUAAUAAUUUGUAAGUGAAAAUGACACUGCGAAACCUAGGGAGCAAUUUAGCAAAAAAUGGAUGCAUAAUGUCAUGUUUUCUUUACAUCUUUAAAUGUAUUUUGUUUAAUAAAAAUUGUGGGUAAAUACUAAAAUUAGUUAAUCGCUAUUAGCAGACGGAUUAAUCGUGCUUAGGUUUUUUGUUAUUUAAUCAAUUAGAAAAAGGUAAGUGCGAUUAUUGGUAAAAACAUUUGUUUCCCUUAUGUGUGGUAAUACUGUUGUAAUACAUUUGUAUUCAAGAACUACUCUUUAGCCUACAUCAUCACCAACAAUUACAAUUUUCGAAUACUCUCGCCCUUCUUUUCACUGCGCCUAUUCUCUGUAAAUUUAUCUUUAAUAUACAAAGCAUAAAAAUUACUCUACUAGAUAACUAAGUAAUAAAAGUGGGAAAUAUUUCAAGCCGAAUUCUAGAUUUAGGUUAGACCACAGCUUAGCGCAACCAUUACGUACCAACGUUUUUUUUUAUAUAUUGUUAAACAUCAUUCUCACUCUAUGCACUUUACAGAACUAAUAGCCCCUUUUCUUUACAUAUUAAUAUAAACCGCAAAAACUGAACACUCAUAACAAUAUAAAUGUAACUGAAAAAAUAUUAAAAAAUAUAUGUACAAUAAAUGGACGAGCAACAAUUACACAUUUUUUUUCCUGUCGUCCACUUUUUCUCUUUAAUAUGUGUGCUAUAUGUAUUUAACAUACUGCAUAAACGUAUGUAAAAUAUAUAUAAUGCCCAUAUACUGAAUAUGUAUGUGUAUUUUUUCGCACCGAGUUUUAUAACUCUUUAUUUCUCUAUCUAUCUGCUAAACAUCUGUAUAACUAAAACUGUAACUAUAACUUUCGUUAUAUGUAAGUCUGACUCUACUGUGACUUUAACACUUAAUGCCAACGGAACUUUUCUGCAAGUAAUUGCUUUAUAUUAUCAUUUGUACUAUUUGUAUUCGAACGAUACCCUUCCUGAAGCUAAAAUGCUACUUACAUAACAGUCACAGCUACAGUAGAACAGUUUCUGUACAUGAGCAUCCAUGAAUACAUAUACAUACAUACCAGUUAACAUGUCAAACAUUUGUAGUCUACUCUACAAAAUAUGCUUAUUUAUUGCUGUUUCCAUACUCAAUUUCUUUUACAGAACUGAAAAAUCAAAUAGAAACGCAAGUAAAUGAGCUAAAAACUCAAAUAGAGGGAAAAUGUGUCAUGCAGUGAUAUGUCAGUCACCAUUAUAACAGAUAAAUAAAUAUGAUGAUGAAAUACAA